CGAUAAACACUGCAAGAUUGUGAUUGGUAGGAGGAAAGAUGAAGAUCACAUCGUUAUUAGUAUUGAAAUGCCACCCUGAAGGAUCCGAUCCCAUAAUACUAGCCAUCGCUUCCGACGUUAGCCAUUUCGGUUACUUCCAGAGGCCAAGCAUCAGGGAGUUCAUCGUCUUCGUCUCUCGAACCGUCGCCGAACGAACCCCUCCCGGCCAGCGCCAGUCCGUCCAGCACGAAGAGUACAUGGUGCAUUCUUACAACAGAAAUGGACUUUGUGCAAUUGGAUUUAUGGAUGGUCACUAUCCGGUUCGAAGUGCUUUUUUGCUUCUCAACCAGGUGGUGGAUGAAUACCAACAAAGUUUUGGGGAAUCAUGGAGAUCUGCACAAGCUGAUAGCACUCAAGCUUGGCCCUAUUUGGAUGAGGCUUUGACCAAGUUUCAGGACCCUGCAGAGGCUGAUAAAUUGUUGAAAAUUCAGAGAGAGUUGGAUGAGACUAAAAUCAUCCUUCAUAAAACUAUUGACAGUGUGCUUGCACGAGGUGAGAAGCUGGACAGUUUGGUUGAGAAGAGCUCAGAUCUGAGUGCAGCAUCUCAGAUGUUUUACAAUCAAGCUAAGAAAAACAAUCAGUGUUGUAGUAUACUGUAAAACUUGUAGACAAAG